CAUUCGUUUGAUCACCCAACUUGUUCAAUCUUCAUCUACUCUCCAAUUCCAUCUUCCUUCACGACUUUCUUUCAUUGACGUCCACUUCACUUGAACUUCCUUCAUUGGCCUUUACACCUUUUUCUACUUUAUGAACUCGACUUAACCUCGACUCUCGACUCAGCAUGGCCUCCACUACCCGAACACCGUCCACUCUUUUCCACCGCCUUUCCUUCGUGCUUUACGGUUAUUUCUUCUUGGUGCUGGUCUCCGAGGCAUUCGUCGGUGUUCGGGCCUCAAGAUACCCUGGCUGGAAAGAGAAGAAUAUCACUGUCGAAGAGAACGAUCCCCGAAUCUGGUACUCACCUGGCUGGGAGAGGAUGACUGUGUACGACGAGAGGGACCAUGGGGGAUACCACAUGCUGUCUUCUUACGACAAUAACGCCUACGCAACGUUUAGAUUUAAUGGCACAGCGUUUUACUACCUCUCCGCGAAAUGGCCUCACCGCGUCGCAGCAACGCUCUCGCUCGAUGGCGGCCCCCCGAUCCAAGUCGACCUUCAAGACCAUUAUAGCCCGUGGGAUGAAGGUGCUCGACCUACCAUUUGGUGCGACGUUGUUGCUUCCCAGACGAAUCUCGACCCCGACUAUGAGCACGAACUUCGUGUUUACUCGCGACCCGGCGAGCCGUACCUUGUAUUGGAUGCAAUCAUGUAUACCGCCUUGGAAAGGAGUACCAGCGAGCCUGAAGUGCUUCCUCCUAUUCCCGGCGACGAUGGGGGAAAUAUGCUUGCAAUGGCCUUGGGGAUCGGUAUCGGCGUCGGCGCCUGUCUAAUCCUCAUCCUCAUUUUCGUCCUCAUCUGGCUCAAACGGCGCCGCCAAGAGCGCAUGCGCAAACGUCAAAUCAUCGACUUCGCCCCUCACAGAACCUUCGACCCUUCUCCCACCAGCAGCCGGAUCAUAGAUAAGCCCGACAUUGAGGAAAGUCUACCCUCGCCGUGGGCCACUGGGAGGAUUCCAGGUUUCGUGAUGCACCAGCCGCAACGCUCUGAAUCGCUCGACUCUAUGUAUUCGUCGAGGACUGGGGUCUCCGGUACGCCUUCGCCGAUCGCAGGUGGUGUGAGGGAGAGAAUGGACAUAACACUUCCUGUCAAUCCCCUCCCGGCUCUUCUCAGUAACCCGCCUCCUCCAGUGUCUCUGCGACCGGCCACAGGCUCUCCUGCUCCGCAAAUCCGCCAAGUUCGGGUCUCUCAUCCCACCCUCACCAGUACCGGCCUCCCACCUACUCCUACUUCCUCGUCUCCCAGCCCUCCCGGCCCUGCUCCUGCGUCAACCACGACGAUUGUAGAUGAGCCCGUUCCGAUGAGGCUGUACGACGACUCGCCUCCUGCUUAUCCCUUCUCCCACUUGUCUCGGAUGUCACGUCAAACGGCCGCUCCGCGCUACUCAACGGUCGAGGCUGAGGCACCCCCUGUACCGAGGAGAAGCUCGACUGCUAAGCCCAAACCAGUCGUCUUAACGCACGAGCGCCCGAGGAGGAAUGGCAAUCGCGAUGCGGGUCCGAGUCAGUACUUUGGGUCUCCUCCUCGGGACGGACUUGUUAACUCUGUGACACCUCAUGGGGAUGGGAUGUAA